UACUAUCAUCUUUGGUAGAGGCAGUGUCUUUGCUUCUGAAAUUAGUAAAAUUGAAGUGAUGCACCCAAUUCUGCACACCAUGUGAACAAUGGAACAUAGAUUCCCUACACAUUCCCUUUCCAAGUUUUAUUCCAUUCCUGCCUCACAUAAUUGGCUGAUUCCAAGCCAGAUCCACAGUUAAAUCUGGUUCCAAAAGGCAGGGUUUUUUCCACUAUUUUUCUUGAGUGUUUUGAGAAAUUUAAGGUCAUUAAGUAGAUCUAAAAGAGAGGAGAUUGCCAAGUUUCAAAAGGGCAAGAACAGUCUUUGGCCUCACACCAGUGAAUGAUAUACCAUUUCGUGGAGUGGGAGGAGGGAAGGUGGUGUCCAGUGGACGAAAAAACUGGACCCAGAACAGAUAUAAAAACAGAGGAGCCAGGGACUGGAGCCACCAUCAGGGAGAGACUCGCUCCCAGUGACUGUAGGGAAGACCGUGCCAUUUCCUGCCAAGAUGAAGCUGCUGUUGCUGUGUCUAGGGCUGACUCUAGUCUGUGCCCAUGAGGAAGAAAACGUUGUGAGAAGCAACAUCGAUAUUUCAAAGAUUUCAGGAGAGUGGUAUUCCAUUCUCUUGGCCUCAGAUGUUAAGGAAAAGAUAGAAGAAAAUGGUAGCAUGAGGGUUUUUGUCGAACACAUCAAAGCCCUGGACAACUCUUCUCUGGCCUUUGUAUUGCAUACAAAAGAGAACGGAAAGUGUACUGAAAUAUUUCUGGUUGCUGACAAAACAAAGGAUGGUGUAUAUAGUGUUGUGUAUGAUGGAUACAAUGUAUUUAGCAUAGUUGAAACGGUCUAUGAUGAGUAUAUCCUGUUACAUCUUCUGAAUUUUGACAAGAAGAGACCAUUCCAACUGGUAGAGUUCUAUGCCCGAGAACCAGAUGUGAGUCAAAAACUCAAGGAAAAGUUUGUGAAAUACUGCCAAGAACAUGGGAUUGUUAAAGAAAACAUACUUGACCUGACUGAAGUUGAUCGCUGUUUACAGGCCCGAGGAAGUGAAGCGGCCCAGGACUCCAGGAAAGAAUAUCCAAUGGAAAGAAGAUGGUCUCUUUAGCAAGUGGUGCUGGGAGAACUGGAUAGCAACAUGAAGGGGAAUGAAACUGGACCACUCUCUUACACCAUAUACAAAAAUAAACUCAAAAUGGAUGAAAGACCUAAAUGUGAGACAGGAACCAUCAAAACCCUAGAGGACAAAACAGGCAACAAUCUCUUUGACCUCAGCUGCAGCAAUUUCUUACUCCACAUGUCUCCCAAGGCAAGGAAUAUAAAAGCAAAAAUGAACUAUUGGGACCUCAUCAAGAUAAAAAGCUUCUGCACAGCAAAGGAAACAGUCAGCAAAACUAAAAGGCAACCAACGGAAUGAGAGAAGAUAUUUGCAAAUGACAUACCAGAUAAAGGGUUAGUAUUCAAAAUCUAUAAAGAACUUACCAAACUCAACACCUAAAAAAAAUAAUCCAGUGAAGAAAUGGGUACAAGACAUGAAUAGACACUUUUCCAAAGAAGACAUCCAGAUGGCCAACAGACACAUGAAAAGAUGCUCAACAGCACUCACCAUCAGAAAUACAAAUCAAAACCACAAUGAGAUACCACCUCACACUGGUCAGAAUGGCUAAAAUGAACAACCCAGGCAACAACAGAUGGUGGUGAGGAUGUGGAGAAAUGGGAACCCUCUUGCACUGUUGGUGGGAAUGCAAACUGGUACAUCCACUCCGGAAAACAGUGUGGAGUUUCCUCAAAAAAUUAAAAAUAGAAUUACCCUACAACCCAGCAAUAGCACUACUAGGAAUUUAUCUAAAGGAUACAGGAGUGCUGAUUCAUAGGGGCCCAUGUACCCCAAUGUUUAUAGCAGCACUUUCAACAAUAGUCAAAUUAUGGAAAGAGCCCAAAUGUCCAUCAACUGAUGAACGGAUAAAGAAGAUGUGGUUUAUAGACACAAUGGAAUAUCACUUGGCAACGAGAAAGAAUGAAAUCUUGCCAUUUGCAACAGUGUGGAUGGAACUGGAGGGUAUUAUGCUAAGUGAAAGAAACCAGUCAGAGAAAGACAUGUUUUCACUCCUAUGUGGAAUUUGAGAAACUUAACAGAAGACCAUGGGAGAAGGGAAGGGAAAAAAUAGUCUCAAAGAAAGAGGGAGGCAAACCAUAAGAGACUCUUAAAUGCAGAGAACAAACUGAGGGUU